UGUGACGCACUCGUUUUGUCGUUUGGUUAUAAUAGUAAUUGGUUAGGUUUUAUAUGGGUUUUAUAUUGUAAUAACAAGGUUUAUGUUCUUAAAUUCAAAGCUAUUAUAGCUUAACUUAAAUCGUCAACUAUUUACAGAAUACAGUUUUGCACGUCAUCGUACUACUAUACGUCGACGUAGGUUGCACUUAAAUAUUCGUCAAUGUUAGUGAAUCGUGACGGUCAACGUUUUGUGUAUUCUCCAUGAAUCUAGUAUUUAUUAGUAUUCUCAAAUGGAAAAGUCCCGUCGAGACUUGGCUGGGAUAACUAACGGUAUGGUGUCUGUAGAGGCUCCGUUUAUCAAGCAGGAGCCUGAGGACGAGAAUAAUGGGGGCUCGUGCGGUGUGAGCGGGACGCAUGAUGUAUUUACUGACGUUGUGCCUGUUAAAGAAGAGUUGAGCGCUGAAGACCAUGUGAAAGAGGAGCCUGCUUGCUCAGACAGUCCGGACCCGAGUGCCACACUGUAUGAGGACCACCAUGUUAAGGAUGAGCUUGUGCUGGGCCCUGAGCUUUUUCACCAACCUCAUGUAUCGUUGCUUCCAUCAGUUGAAGCGGGUUCCGCGCAGUCGCUGAGCUGCACUGUCAGGCUGGAGCGCCUGCUGGUUGACGCGGAGCGCCGCACUUGCCGGGUCGGGCGCCGCAACUACAAGCUUCACACCAAGCAACCAAAUACUAAGUAUGAAUGCAAUGAUUGCGGCAAAAGUUUCAAAUAUCUCGCAGUUUUGAAGAAACACAUACACACUCAUUCUUUAACUCCACUAGAUUCCCGCAAGAAUGCCGAGUCAGACAGAAAAAGAAAGAUUAAAUGUGACUACUGUGACAUCAACCUUAAGAAAUCAGACUUACGAGCUCAUGAGGGCAUACCUACUAGUGAAAAACUUUACAAAUGUAAGAAUUGCGAUUAUCAGUGUAUUCGCAAAGCACACUUGCAAAAACAUCAGAAGAUACACAUUGGUGAAAAGCCAUUUAAAUGUUCCGAGUGUAAUUUUGCGUGCCGUUUGAAAGUCAACCUAGGACGUCACCAAAGGAUACAUACUGGGAAGAAGCCCCUAGAAUACAGUCAAAAAACUAAUCCACUUAGUCACAAGAAAAUAGUGAAAAUAAACACUAGGGUGAAGACAUUUCAAUGUAGCUAUUGUAACUACACAUCUGUAUAUAAAAUGAAAUUAAAAAAACAUGAGAUGAUACACGGAGAUGGGAAACCUUUUAAAUGUGACAAGCUAUUUAAAUGUGGCUAUUGUGAUUAUAAAUGUACUCGAAAACAUAAUUUAUUACGUCAUCAACGGACACAUACUGGCGAGAAGCCUUAUGGAUGUAGAUAUUGCGUUUUCAAAUGCAACCAUAGCACCACGUUAAAAAGCCACGAGAUGGCACACACGGAUAAAAAGCCUUUUGAAUGUAGGUAUUGUGAUUACACAUGCAGGAGGAAACAACACUUACGAAGUCACGAAAAAGUACACACUAUGGAAAAGCCAUUUAAAUGUAGCUAUUGCGACUUCAAAUGUGGACAUAAAGGAAGUUUAAAAAGACAUGAGAUGAUACACAAGGAUGAAAAGCCUUUUGAAUGUAGAUAUUGUGAUUACAAAUGCAGGACGAAACAAUACUUACAAAGUCACGAAAAAGUACACACUAUGGAAAAGGCACUUAAAUGUAGCUAUUGCGACUUCAAAUGUGGACAUAAAGGAAGUUUAAAAAGACAUGAGAUGAUACACAAGGAUGAAAAGCCUUUUGAAUGUAGAUAUUGUGAUUACAAAUGCAGGACGAAACAAUACUUACAAAGUCACGAAAAAGUACACACUAUGGAAAAGGCACUUAAAUGUAGCUAUUGCGAUUUCAAAUGUGUAUAUAAAGGAACUAUGAAAAGACAUGAACAGAUUCACGGGGAUGCGAAACCUCUUAAAUUUCUCAACCAGAAGACACACACAGGUGAAAAUAUAUUUAAAACUAGCUAUUGUGAUUACAAAUUGGAUAAAAGAAGUAUAAAAAUACAGGACAUAGUACACAGGGAUUCCAAGCCUUUUAAAUGUAGUGAAUGUGAUUACAAGAGUACACGAAAAAAUGUUUUCCGAAAACACCAAAUGACACACAUUAAUAACUGGUUUCAUAAAUGUGACUAUUGUGAUUAUACGUGUCGUAAGGCAUGUAAUUUACGCCGUCACCAAAUGAUACACACCGGCGAGAACCCCUUUGGAUGUAAACACUGUGAUUUCAAAUGCAAUCAGAAAACAGUCUUAAUUAAUCACGAGAAAAUACACACUGGGGAAAAACCAUUCAAAUGCAGCUAUUGUGAUUUCAGAUGCAGCGUUAAAACAAACUUACGUAAUCACGAAAAAGUACACACUAGGAAAAAGCCAUAUCAAUGUAGCGAUUGCGAUUUCAAGUGCAUACUGAAAUCAUAUUUACGACUACACCAAGUGAUACACACGGGUGAUAAACCUUUUAAAUGUAGUCAAUGUACUUUUGAAUGCUCCAGGAACUGUAAUUUGAGGAGACAUGAGUUGAUUCACAAUGAAAAAAAGGGCUUUAAGUGUGGUAACUGCGAGUACGAGUGUAGACAGAAGGCAGCCUUACGCAGACAUCAACAGGCCUACGGUGGACGCUGUUAUCGGCGUGACAAAGCAGAUGUUGCUUUAUAACACGGCGCGAGGGAAAGAAGCUGUACUUUUUGGCAACGCUAAAAAAAUGGGCGCUUUAUCAUUAUUACGCGAUAGCGUUCAUUAUACGCCAACAUUGUUCUUGUAGGUCCCUUAUCUCUCGAAUUAAAUUUAUGUACAUUUAUAUCUAUCUAUCUAUUAAGCCCUUUUAUUCUGAGUUAGAGUAUGUCUCGUAGCUCAGUGUGCCGCUUGGCAAAGGCCUCCUCUAGAUCUUUCCAUUGAGGUCAGGAGGAGGAUUUAUAUCACAUGGAACUUUUUCCCGUUAAUCUCUCGAUUGUUAGUUGAAUAGGGUCAAAAUUCUUUUCUUUGUCUUGUUUCUGACCACUCUGUUACGGUUCUUUUUGUCUUUUAUCAAAUAAAUAAAAAAACUGUGCUAUUGCAUGUUUUUCUAGCUGUGGAUUUUAUUUCUCUUGAGAAAAAUUUAAUACUAAAUUUCACCCCAUAUAAAAAGCUCCACUUCGUCACAUUUUUUUAAGGACAAAACACAAGACAACGAAAAUAAUUUUGACCCAAUUACAUUAUUUGCAUUAGACAUACUGUAGGUAAGUAAUAGAAGUUAUUCCUAACUAGAUAAAACAAUACAAAAAAUCACAUUUUCCUAGCUUUUAAAACUUUUUAUAAGAUAGUAAAAAAUUAGGAGACAUAUUGUUGUCUUAUUAACUUGGCCUUUUCAACAAGGUCCACCAUCUUCGGCACUGAUAUUUGUUAAACUCGUAUUUGUUAAUGCCAUCUCCUUAGAAUUUUUAUGGUCUACUAGCAGUUCUUUAUGCUCAAAAAUAUUUUUGCCACAUCUAUCACAUCCACUAGGUGAAUCAGAUGGACUUUCAAUAUUGUGUUCUAGUGCGCACUGUUCCAUUUUGUAACAUAGUAAGCGUAUUGUCUCCACUUUAUUUAACCAAUAUGCAUAUUUCACUGAAACAUAUUUUUACUAUGGUUCCCUUUUUUCCAAUAUGUACUUAUUUGCUUGCAUAAAUUAUUUACACAUCUUUCUGAACCAGUAAAAUCUAUGUUCUCGGUAUUCUCAAAGUAAGACUUAAGAAUUUGAAACAUGUGGCGUUUUCGAUCUGCAUCUAUAGCGCGGGGAAGAGAGUGCCAAAUAUUGAAGAAGUGCAUCCUAGAAAAGGAACAUUCAAUAUAAGUACCUAAAAAUAAUACAAACAAUGCAUUAAAAUAUUUGGCACAUUUACAUGCAUUUACUAAACCAGGGUAUAUGGGUUAUCAUUUCCUUUCAGCAUGGAUUCAGAACUUGAUUUUACUAAAACUUAUUAAAUAGUAUGUUAAAAUAUCAUGAAGU